GAGUACGGGUGGUUUUGUAUCGUCGGCAACGAUUGGCUGAUGCUCCCGGGUCAAUUUAAAUGCCACAACACAACUAGCUGCGCUGAACGCUGGAUCGCAUCGGUCGGCUGUCCACUGUGUGAAUUUCGUCGGCGAAAUAAGUCUUUCCUUUACAGACGUGUGUUCGAUCUGCAGACAUGAAUUCAUGUGAGCUGUGUUGCACUGUUUCCACGGUAAAGGUGGCACCAACUGGAGAAACAAUGAAAAGAGCAAACAUUAAAAAUGCUACCUUGGUGCUUGGUCGCAAUGAGUUUCGUGACAUCAUACUCCGCAUAGAGUGUCAUAAAACCAGUACUAAGUACCUUAUGCAGGACAUUACCAUUCACAAACGCUUUGUUAAGGAUGGUAAGGCAUGUAUACAACUUCCAAAGCAGAAUCUACAGAUUAUGAUUUCUAAUUGUCCUCCACACCAACUUGCUGCAUUCUUGAAGUGCUUGGUGGUCAAGCAAGAGUGUGGUAACCAACAGAAGCCCAUCAGUGAGCGAGCAAGACUGCUGUCAGAACUGCCAAGAAAGUUUGAGGAAAUCUCCCCACUCUGUGAGAAAGAUGUCAUUACGGUCAACAACUCAAGAGCAGAGAAAGCAGAGGCAAAAGGCACAGCAACGACGCCGGCUGGUCCAGCCAAGAAGAGACUCAAACGGUUACGUGAGAAUAGCGAAUGCUCUGCUAGUGAAGAUGCUCCACAGAGGAAGAAGCUAAACAUCACCCUCAACAAGACUCAGCUUAAUCAUCAGCAGUCCAAGGUCCUUAAUGCUGUCCUGGCUGGACACAAUGUAUUCUUCACUGGCAGCGCUGGCACAGGCAAGUCAUUCCUCCUCAGGAAGAUCAUCGGAGCCUUACCACCCGAAAGCACAUUUGCUACUGCGAGUACCGGAGUAGCAGCAUGCCACAUUGGUGGGACAACACUACAUCAGUUUGCAGGCAUUGGCUCGGGCAAUCAUCCCCUUCCAAAGUGUAUUGAGUUAGCAUCUCGUCCAGCACGUAAGCAACAGUGGCGGAAAUGUCGACAUCUGAUUGUGGAUGAAAUCUCUAUGGUGGAUGGCGAUCUUUUCACCAAAUUGGAGGCCAUUGCCAGAGCAGUCAAAGCCAAGGACAAGCCAUUUGGAGGCAUUCAGCUCAUUGUCUGCGGUGACUUUCUACAACUACCUCCUGUCACCAAACCUGGAGAGAAACGGAAAUUCUGCUUCCAGUCCCAAGCUUGGAACAGAUGUAUUCAGAUGACACUGGAACUGACUCAAGUCAAGCGACAAGAGGAUCCUGUCUUCAUCGAUGUACUUCAAAACAUACGUAUUGGCAGGUGCUCCCAGGAUCUGUGUGACCGCUUGACAGCGACUGCCAAACACAGCAUUGACCGAAGUGGCAUCCUAGCAACCAGAUUAUGCACCCACAAGGAGGAUGUUGAUCUAUUGAAUCAGGUCCACUUGAAGAAACUCACAGGGUGUGCCAGGAUGUAUGAUGCCUGGGACAGCGACCCCAACCUCGUCAGUGUCAUCAACAGUCAGUGCCCCGUCCCUCACAAGUUGGAGCUUAGAGUAGGAGCUCAGGUCAUGCUUGCCAAGAACCUGGACGUACAGCAAGGUUUAGUGAAUGGAGCCAGAGGAGUGGUGACAGGCUUUGGAGCUGGUGACGCUGGUCUUCCUAUUGUCAAGUUCAUGUGCGGCAUUGAGCAGACUAUAAGGAUGGAACGCUGGGCGAUCAGAGCUGGUGCAGGGUUAAUUCUCAGCCGCAGACAACUUCCGCUCAAACUAGCCUGGGCAAUCUCAAUACAUAAAAGCCAGGGCAUGUCACUGGACUGUGUGGAGAUUUCUUUAUCCCGCGUCUUUGAAUGUGGCCAAGCCUAUGUAGCCCUGUCCCGAGCACGCAGUAUCCAGGGGCUACGUGUGCUUGACUUUGACAAGUCUUGUGUGCGAGCCCACCCAGAUGUUUUGAAAUUUCAUCACCAGUUGCGUCGAGAGCAGCGCAUGAUGCAGACUAGUAUUGUUGACUAUGCAGACAAGGAGAACGUCAGGCCGUUUUAUUGAAGGUAUCAUCUGUACCACUUAUUACAGCCAGGGUUAAUUUGAUUGCAGUUGGUAAAUAAACCGAUGUCACUUAAUCCCAUUGGUGGAUUUUUGAAAGUAAAAAUGACGUGUCCAAAUUUCUACUAGUUACAAAUGCCUUUUACGCAUAUUAAAAAUAGUUCUACAACUGCAGAACUUAACUCAGAAUUAUUAAGCAAAUAGUUAAGCCAAGCACAGUAUGGCCCCAUAUUCUGAAAUAUUCCCUUUUCUUUUUAAUUGAUGGGUAUUAUAGGCGUUAGUUUUCAAGUCAUCAGUCUAUUCUGCAAUGAUAGACAGCUUUCACAGGACAAAAAUGGAAACAGAAAAUGUUUUCUUACAUUUGAAUUUCCUACACAUUGUUUUAUUUUUAUUUACAAACAAUGUCAGUCGGUUAUUACAUGAAAUUUUUAAGAGCAAUAAAGAUAAUAUAAAAAGUGUUGUACUCUAUUGAUUUGAAUUUAAAUUUCAGUUUCAGUUUAAAAACCUCCCUUAUCUAAAGACCGAGUCGAGAUUGCUCACAUUUUUUUUAUCAGGUUUUUUUUCUAUAGCAUCCUUUUUGAAAUCUCAAAUUCCUGAGGUUUUAGCGUAAAGGUGUCUUUAUAAAAGUUUAUAUGUGGCAAAUACAGACAUAUGUCAUAGACCCUAUGUUGCUUUUGAGCUCUUGGCGACCGUCCAACCCUCUGCCGAUUAUUAUGUUUUUUUCUUUUACCCCAUCUCACCCCUAUAAAGCAUGUGCUUCAAAUUUAAAUUCACAGUACGAGUUUGAAAAGUAAGAUUUGAAGGUUUGCAUGGUGAGGAUAGUAAAAGUUUAUGGUUGCACCUAGUCUUGGUCCCAGACGUUACUAUCUGGUGUUUGUUACACAUGUACACUUUUGCACUUGAAAAAUAUUUGAUCAACAGAGGGUGCAAUUUACAGGACGAGAACGCUAACAGAUAAUGGUACUGUGGAAAUACAGAAUCAAAUACAAGUCUGAGGGAAUCGAUACUAGACAAAUAAAAUCUAUCACAGAAUCGGAUACAUUAAGAAUCGAUAACAGUAAAACAGCGUCCAUGUUGGCUUGUAAAUAACUGUUUUCUCAUAAGUGUAAACCUUGAAUUAGUGACACAAAAAGUCUGUGUAAUAUCCACCUAAAUGGCCUACAAAACCAUAAAAUAUGAGAUGCAGCCUAAUUUGCCUAAUGGAGAUAUUUCAAGAGCACAAUGAAGUACAGGGAAAGGCCUAAUCAUUAAAGUUGACUGUCAACCAUAAAUUUGAAGCACUUCAUGAUAAAUCCUGAAUCCCAAUCGUUCUCAGUAAUACGUGACCUCAAUCAGUCUCAGUCAAACUGAACUCCUGUUGCAGCUUUCCGUCUGUAUAACAGAAAGAACAAUUAUUUUAAUCCGUGAUUGAAUGUGGACAUUUCUUUAAGGUACUAUCAAUCAAGAAGGAUAUACCUUUUUGUACUUCAAUAAAAUAAUUAAAUUAUUUAUUACCGGUACUAUUUUUUUAAUUAAUAUAACUUGAAAGCCCUUACUGCUGGAACUUAAAAAUUAACAGUAAAUUACUUUACACGAAAGUUUCAAAUAAAUCAACAAAGAUUUACUGUGGCAGAAGUAAUGACCAAGAACAUUGUCAAGUUUCUGGAAAAAUGUUUCAGCAAUGACCUGGAAGGUCUCUGCGGCUGUCACAGUGCCUCUUAUCUUAUAAUCCAAAAUGUCACUUUUGUUUCACUACAUAAGUUGGUCUUGUUUGUGCCAAUCUAAUUACUACUGAUGGCAGAGUUGUCAAAACAAACAGGCUUUGUUCAAGAUACAGGCCCGCUAAGAAUCUGUGUUUUAAUUGGACUCACUUUUUACUGCUGGGGUUGACUAUGCUAUGACCUUGCUGCUUUUGAACUUUGAUUUGUCCCGACCUCUUUUUAGUAUCAAUAUCUGCAAACAAGACAUGUAAAUAAAUUUCUUUGACAUUUGAAAUCUGUCCUCACA